UAUGCAGCGGCAGCGGCCGUCAGGUGUAACAGGCCGCCAACCCGCGCAAACGUGUGCUCCUCCAACAACGCACCUAAUGUUCGAGAAUUGAAUUGAACGUACGUUCCUUCUUAACAAGAAUAUCUUACAGUUACUGAAACUGGCUUUUGCAUAGACCACGGUCGCUCCAAGGUGAAUGGAGCUCUCUCCCGAGGGCCUCGCGGCCGCUGCGGCCACGCGACAAGCGGCUAAGAAGCGUAGCCAAAGCGAGGACAAACCGGUGGUGAACGGCGCUGCCGCGACAAACCCGGCGGGAACAGCCAAGCGGCAGCAAGGGCCGGGCGGCCGCCCCCCCGCCACCUGCACCCACGAGGUCGCCAUCCCGGAGGGCUAUGACGAGGCGGCAGCUGCUGAGAAGCUUGACCCUGUCAUUCAUGGCACCCUGCAGGAGCCUGUGUACACGGGCCCCCGGGCCAAGGAGUACCCGUUCGUGUUGGACGCCUUCCAGGAGACGAGCGUGGCGUGCCUGGAGCGGCGGGAGUCUGUGCUGGUGUCCGCACACACCUCCGCGGGCAAGACCGUGGUGGCCGAGUACGCCAUUGCCAUGGCCUUCCGGGCGCAGCAGCGGGUCAUCUACACCUCGCCGCUCAAGGCCCUGUCCAACCAGAAGUUCCGGGAGCUGUCGGAGGCGUUCGGCGGCGACGUGGGGUUGAUGACGGGCGACGUGUCGCUCAACCCCAACGCCUCCUGCAUCGUCAUGACCACGGAGAUCCUCCGGUCCAUGAUCUACAGGGGCAGUGAGCUGCUUCGCGAGGUGGCGUGGGUGGUGUUUGACGAGGUGCACUACAUGCAGGACCGGGAGCGCGGUGUGGUGUGGGAGGAGACCAUCAUCUUCCUAGACCACCACACCAAGAUGGUGUUCCUGUCCGCCACGCUGUCCAACUCCAGCCAGUUUGCGGCCUGGGUGGCGCACCUGCACAAGAGCCCCUGCCACGUCGUGUACACCGACUACCGCCCCACGCCGCUGCAGCACUAUGCCUACCCGCUGGGCGGCGAGGGGUUGUACCUGCUGCUGGACGAGCGCGGCAACUUCAGGACCGAGAACUUCGAGCGAGUGAAGGAAAGCCUGGCCAUGACUGCGGGGCCGUCAGGAGGUGAUGGCGGCGACGCAGAGGGCGCGGACGGCGGCGCCGACGGCGGUCGCGGCGGCGGGCGGGGUGGGCGUGGCGGGCGCGGCGGACGCGGCCGAGGCGGGCGAGGCGGCGGCGGGAGAGGGCCUGGUGGCAAGCCGCCCGACAUGCGCGAGCAGGUGGCGACCAUCCUGCAGGUGAUCAAGCUGCAGAAGUGGGAGCCCGUCAUCUUCUUCUCCUUCUCCCGCCGCGACUGCGAGCAGUACGCCAACGCGCUUGUGGCCAAGCGCUCCAAGGACAAGGGCGGCAACGACAAGGAGGCGCCGGCGGACGAGGCAGAGCGCGAGCGCGAGCGGCUGUUCGACUUCAACAGCGCGGAGGAGAAGGUGCAGGUGGAGGAGAUCUACGCCAACGCGCUGCAGUGCCUGAGCGAGGAGGACCGCGAGCUGAAGCCCAUCGCGCGCAUGCUGCCGCUGCUGCGCCGCGGCAUCGGCGUGCACCACUCGGGCCUGCUCCCCAUCCUGAAGGAGCUGAUUGAAAUCCUGUUCCAGGAGGGGCUACUCAAGGUGCUGUUCACGACCGAGACGUUCGCCAUGGGCCUCAACAUGCCGGCCCGCUGUGUGGUGUUCACGGCCAUGAAGAAGUGGGACGGCACCGAGAACCGCUGGGUCAACAGCGGGGAAUACAUCCAGAUGUCGGGCCGCGCCGGCCGCCGUGGCAUGGACGACCGCGGGUUGUGCUUGAUGAUGCUGGACGCGGCGCUGGACGAGGCCACUGUGCGCGGCAUCAUGCAGGGCAAGCCCAGCCCGCUGAUCAGCUCCUUCAAGCUGACCUACUACACCAUGCUCAACAUGCUGCGGCGCCUGGAGGGCAGCGAGGCGGGCAGCAUGGCCUACGUCAUCGCGCACAGCUUCCAGCAGUUCCAGCAGGAGGCGCAGCUGCCCAAGAUGGAGAAGGAGCUGUCAGAGAUCCAGGAGGAGAUGGCAGCCCUGGGCAAGGAGGGCGAGGAGGCCAUGGCCAGCUACCAGCAGCUGCGCACCGACAUCUCCGAGGCCGCGGGGCAGCUGCAGGCGCUGCUGACGCAGCCGAGCCACUGCCUGCCCUUCCUGCGCGCGGGGCGGCUGGUGCGCGUCAGCAGCGGCGGCGUGGACUGGGGCACCGGCGUGGUGGUGUCGGUCAUGAGGCGCCCGGACGCCGCGCCCGCAGCGGAGGGCGAGGACGACCGUGACUCCUACCUGGUGGACUGCAUCCUGUCCCUGGACGCCGCAUCGCUGCCGGCAGCCGCCAACACCGCCACACAGGGGCAGCAGCAGCCCGCGACCGAGGCCGGCCCGCCGCAGCCUGCGCCGCCCGGCUCCCCGGGCUCCGCAGCCGAGGUAGUGCCUGUGACCCUGUCGUGCCUGGCGCAGCUGCACAGCCUGCGCAUCAGCGUGCCGCCGGACCUCAGGCCGGCGGAGGCGAGGAGGCAGGUCAUGGUGCAGGUGGGCGAGCUGCUGAAGCGGCACGGCGAGGCGGGUCUGCCGCGCCUGGACCCCAUCGAGGACAUGGACAUACGCCACCCACAGCUGCCAGAGAUCGUGGCCCGCAUUGAGGGUCUGGAGUCGCAGCUGGUGCGGAACCCCGUGUACAAGGCGGAGAAGGACGCCGCCAAGUUCGCUCCCUACCUCAAGCGCGCCGCGCUGGCGGCCCGCGCCGAGGAGCUGCGCGGCGCCAUGCGCACCAGCCAGCUGGCGGCGUUCCGGGAGGAGGCGGCGUGCAGGACCGCGGUGCUCCGGCGGCUGGGACACAUCGACGAGGAGGACGUUGUGACUCUCAAGGGCCGCGCCGCCUGUGAGAUCGACACGGCCGAUGAGCUGCUGGCCUCGGAGCUGCUGCUCAACGGCACCUUCAGCGGACUGGACAGCCACGCGCUGGUGGCCCUGGCCUCAUGCCUCAUCCCCGUGGAGAAGUCUACAGAGACCAUCAAGCUCACCACACAACUGGCGGAGCCGCUGGCGCAGCUGCAGGCCGCGGCGCGACACAUCGCGGAGGUCAGCCGUGAGUGCAAACUGGAUUUGGAUCCGGACGAGUACGUGGACGGAUUCAAACCCGCGCUCAUGGACGUCAUCUACGCCUGGAGCAAGGGCGCCAGCUUCGCGCAGGUGUGCGAGAUGACGGACAUCUUUGAGGGCAGCCUGGUGCGCGCCACGCGGCGGUUGGACGAGCUGAUGGGGCAGUUGGCCAACGCGGCGGCGGCGGUUGGCGACAACGAACUGGCGGGUAAGAUCCGCGCCGCCGCCGAGACCAUCCGCCGUGACAUCAUGUUCGCGGCCUCGCUGUACAUCUGAUGAGCCGGGUGCGUGGUGGUGGUGAUGGUGGUGGUAAAUGCAGUGGCAGUGCUGAAGGUGGUGGUCGUCGUGGUGUUGGCGGUGGGGCCGCGUGGCUGCUGUGUCAUGUGGAGGCUACGGACUGCUCUGCAUGGUUGAUCUGGGCGGUGCGCGGGCGGGGCGGCGCGGCGCGGUCAAUGCUGCGGUGCUGCUGCUACGGCUGUUUCGCCCGCUGACACCAGCGUGGCCAGCACGUUGGUGGGCUCAAGUUAGCGACCGGGUGAGUGAGGAGCAGGCCCUGGCGGCCGGGGAUAGGGCUGGCGAUGCCGAACGGCGGCAGCCCGGCUGGUGACGUGGCAACGCCUAGUGCCGGUACAUGUUUGGUGCGGAAGGAGUGCGGGAGCAAGCCUACUGGGGCUAGAGUAGGCCGAUGGCGGCGCAGGUGGCUGGCAGGUCCCUGGGGGCGAUGGGACAGGGUAAGGGGCAGGUUGGUGUAGUCCAGUAGUGUGUAGCGUAUGCCCAGGCCCCAACAAUCAAUUUGCAGCGUCAAGGCAAGAUGGGUAUAAUGCUAGAGUUACCUGCUUAUUUGCUGGCAGGCUGGUACUCAGGCUGCUGGCAGGCUGGUAGUUUGCUGAUGCGCAUUCUUUACGCUCCGGGCGCCCAGCCAGGCAAUAGCAUCAGACACACAUCGCAACGCCUAGAAACGCCACACACGUGAAGCAGCGCAGCACACCAGGCACGCAGGCAGGUCCCUGGGGAUCAGAGCAGGGCUAUCACACUCGACUUCAAGAGUUGCGUCAGCAGGUCCCUACCUUGAUCCCUGCUGUACCCAUGGCCCGUAGUGCGUUGCCCCUUGCUGCAUCCUACGGGACUUCACGGGACUUCACCAACCUGCCUUACCACUGUCCCAUCGCACACCCUUGCGUGCCGCUGGCAGUGGGCUGACUUGCGUGCGUCACGUUGCGAGGAAGGGACUGCUGGAUAAUGACGGCCAAACGGCAAGGCUCUAAACUGCAGCCCGGAGCCCUUGUCACAUUACGUCGACAGAAGCGCUAUGCGGUCUGGCUAAUGUCCAUUGUAGCGAUUUGAGUUGUCGCGUGCUGCUGUGACACUCACGUAAGGCCUCUUUGCUCCUGCGCUGGGAAACGAUGUUUAAAACGAUGGCAUUUGCGUCUCCAGUGUAACUCCUGUAAGGG